AUGUCUGCUGUCAACCGGGGUCUCCGCACCGCAUCCCGAUCGCUGCGCCUGCAACAACGGACCUGCCUGCGCUCUGCUGCUCCGCUGGCCUUUGGCGCUGCCUCUUCCCGCGCCGCUCUUCUCGCCGCCCCUCGUCUCUCCUCCCAACUCACCAACACUUUCUCCACCACCGCCGCCAGACCAUCCGCGCCCGUCAUGCCUCAAGGCGAUCGCGAGUACGAUCCUGAGAUCACGGACAUUGCCAGCUAUGUCCACAACACCCCGAUUGACUCUGAGCUAGCUUUCGACACUGCUCGAUGGAUUCUCCUCGACACCUUUGGCUGCGGCCUUGAGGGCCUGCGCUUCAAGGAGUGCGCCAAGCUGCUGGGCCCUGUCGUGCCGGGCACCGUCGUGCCCAACGGAACCAAGGUUCCCGGCACGCCCUUCCAGCUCGACCCCGUCAAUGGCGCCUUCAACAUCGGCGCCAUGAUCCGGUGGCUCGACUACAACGACUGCUGGCUGGCUGCCGAGUGGGGCCACCCCUCUGACAACAUGGGCGCCAUCCUCGCUGUGGCCGACUGGAUCACCCGCACCAACAAGGCCGGCGGCAACAUCGCCGGCGGCAAGAUCUUCACCGUCAAGGACGUCCUCGAGGGCAUGAUCAAGGCCCACGAGAUCCAGGGCUGCCUGGCCCUGCUCAACUCGUACAACAAGGUCGGCCUCGACCACGUCGUCCUCGUCAAGGUCGCCAGCACGGCCGUCGUGUCCAAGAUGCUCGGCCUCAGCGAGAAGCAGACGGCCGACGCCGUGACCCAGGCCUGGGUGGACGGCCAGUCGCUGCGCACCUACCGCCACUCGCCCAACACCAUGUCCCGCAAGUCGUGGGCCGCCGGCGACGCCUGCCAGCGCGCCGUCAACCUGGCCCUCAAGGUGCUCAAGGGCGAGCAGGGCAUCCCCACCGUCCUGUCCGCGCCCGUCUGGGGCUUCUACGACGUGCUGUUCAAGGGCAAGAAGUUUGAGUUCCAGCGCCCCUACGGCAGCUACGUCAUGGAGAACGUGCUGUUCAAGGUGUCGUACCCGGCCGAGUUCCACUCGCAGACGGCCGUCGAGGCGUCGCAGAAGAUCUACAACACGCUCAAGUCGAUGGGCAAGUCGGCGGCUGACAUCAAGGCCGUGACCUGCCGCACGCACGAGGCCUGCAUCCGCAUCAUCGACAAGCAGUUCAAGCCCAUGGACAACUUUGCCGACCGCGACCACUGCAUCCAGUACAUGUGCUCCGUCAUGCUGACGUUCGGCCGGCUGACGGCCAACGACUACGUCGACGGCUCCGAGGCCGCGACGUCGGAGCUCGUCGACUCGCUGCGCCAGAAGAUCAAGUGCGUCGAGGACCCGCAGUUCACGGCCGACUACCACGACCCCAAGCUGCGCACCAUCUCCAACGCGCUGACGGUCGAGCUCAACGACGGCACCGUGCUCGACGAGGUCGUCGUCGAGGCGCCCCUCGGCCACCGCCUGCGCCGCGAGGAGGCCAAGCCCGAGAUCCUGGCCAAGUACAAGCGCCACCUCGAGCCCCACUACCCGGCCGACAAGGUCCAGCAGCUCGUCGACCUCGGCCUCGACGCCAAGAAGCUCGAGGCCAUGCAGGUGGACGAGUACGUCGACCUGUACACCGUCGAGAAGAGCGAGUUUGUGCAGUAA